UAGAUGAAGGAGAAAUAACCAACAACAGACUGCUGCAAGACUAUUACAUCUCCAAUGAGACCAGAACCAUUCUGAUCCUGUCAGUUUUAUCCGUCCCCUCAGAUUCAGAAAUGUAACAGUGUGGUUUAUUACAGAGCCUUCUGGGAGUUAAGGACACAAUCGCAUUGCUUCGAUUUUCUGAUGAACAAAUCUGAUUCCUUGAAGGUUCUUUGCUUUUAACCUUUGGAAGAAUGUAAUCAAGCGGCUGUAUUGGCUGGUGUUUACAGAUGUUGAUCCAAAUAGGACUGUUUGUUCUGGCUGUGCUUUAAUGCGAUUCUCUGUGUUGUUCAGCCUCUCACAAAGUUUCAUUUUAAUGAAGUGCCUCUUUGUGAUUCGCUAUCUUGAUUCUUUCACACACUCGGAAUAAACAAACUUGACAUUCUCCUUCAGGUCCUCUUCAAUCAAGAUGGACUUGGGCAUCAUUAUGGUGUGUGCUGACCUGAGCUAAGGAUCUCCUUAUUGAUCAGCUAGAUUCAUGGUCUCCACCGUCGUACUUCGAUGAAGACAGCUACCCCUCCCCUCCCAGGAAUAUGAAAGGUUUAUCAAGUGGCCGUCCUCAGCUCACCUUCACAUCAGGACACACCUGUGGGCUGCCAGACUGCGAUCAGUCCCUUGAUCACUUGCAGCAUGUCGGCCCUGACCCUCGCUCUCCCUACCUGCUCAGUCCGACCGAGAGCUUCCCUCUGGACCCGCACCGCUGCUCGCCCCGCAGCUCCAUCCACUCAGAGUGCAUGGUGAUGCCCGUUUCCAUGGCAUCUGACCACGUUUCCAGCAGCACCUUUCCCAGAAUGCACUACAGUUCACACCACGACGGCUCGCGGGAUGACGGCUCCACUUCUCACGGUGGCAACGGCGGUGGAGGGGUCGGUAUCAGUGUUGGCGGUGGGGGCGGCGGGUCCGGGAAGAUGAACCGUAUUCCCGCGAACCUCCUCGACCAAUUUGAGAAGCAGCUGCCGAUUCAUAGAGACGGUUUCCACACGCUGCAGUACCAGCGCACGUCCGCCACCACCACGAGCAGCGAGCAGCGCAACGAGAGUCCUGGGCGCAUCCGCCACCUGGUGCACUCCGUCCAGAAGCUCUUCACCAAAUCCCACUCACUCGAGGGGUCGUCUAAGAUGAAUGGCACCAAGGGAGACUCUCGCUCAGACAGCGGACAUCACCACCACCACCAUCACGGACAUCACCAUGGAAAUCACAAACACAGCAAACGGAGUAAGAGCAAGGAACGCAAGUCAGACUCCAAGCAACGCUCAGGGAUAGCUGGCUGGUGGAGUUCUGACGACAACUUGGACAGCGACAGCACCUACCGGACUCCCAGCAUCAUGAGUCGGCACCAUGGAGAUCAUAUUACUCACUGUUACCCAGACCAUGGGCACUUUGGCGACCUUUCUCUCAAGACCUCCAAAAGCAACAACGACGUAAAAUGUUCGGCAUGCGAGAGCAUCGCUAUGGCCCCGGAGGGCAAAUUUAUGAAGCGCAGCUCUUGGUCGACGCUAACCGUCAGCCAGGCUAAGGAAGCCUACCGCAAAUCUUCCCUCAACUUAGAGAAACCGACCAUGCCUCAAGAUCUGAAGUCCUCCAUGAGGCCUUGUCAUUAUUUGCAGGUCCCUCAGGAUGAAUGGGGAGGGAGAGAUGAGGAGAUCCCAUGCAGAAGGAUGCGGAGCAGCAGUUAUGUUAAAGCCAUGGGCGAUCAGGACAGCGGAGACUCUGACGGCAGCCCUAAAAACUCCCCGCAGAAAAGCGUGCGACCCGACGCGCUCGUCAAAUCCGUGCUGCAGAGACAACUUUCAGACCAGAGCUCGUACCGUUUUGACAAGUCAAGCCGGGACAUGGUCAAAUACCUCACCAAUAUCACCGCAGAUUUAAGUCAAAGCUACCAUCUUCAGACCUCUAGGGAAAUCCAUCCCAGCAUCACACUGGAACCGUCUCCCAACUACAACUCGCCAAAGUUCCGCUCCAGGAACCAGAGCUACAUGAGAGCGGUCAGCACCCUGAGCCAGGCCAGUUGCGUCAGCCAAGUCAGCCAGGUGAGCGAGACCGAGGUUAAUGGACAGUUUGAGUCAGUGUGUGAAUCCGUGUUCAGCGAGGUGGAGUCUCAGGCAAUGGAUGCUUUGGACUUGCCGGGCUGUUUCAGGACACGCAGCCACAGUUACCUGCGAGCCAUCCAGGCUGGAUUCUCACAGGACGAUGACUGCGUCCCCUCCAUGACAUCAUCAACUGUAACCUCCACCAUCAGGUCCACCACAGAGGGAAAUGAUGUGCUGGAGGGCACGGGUUUGCUUAAUGAGGACAAUUUACUCAGCGAGGGGCCAGACUUAACCUCCAUGGCCUGUGGGGAUAUGGGCCUCCGCGGGAGAGGAGAUGAAUCCAGCACCCUUUAUGGUAAUAGCUCACCCACCACGUCUCCCUCGUUACCCCCGCUGAAAACGAGCGCACCCAUCAGGCCGCGCCCUGUUCAGUCAAGUGUCCAGGAGACGGCAGAUCUAGCCCUGGCCAUCAGCCAGCAGUGGAGGGAUGAUGUGUCAGCCAUGCGUAAGGAGUUAGCCGAUCUCAGAAAGGAUCUGUGCACAGAGCUCAGAGCCUUUAACAUGAACUUUUCCACCUUUACGCAACAUUACAGCACCUGGUCACCGAGCUGGGUAAGGGAAACCCAGACAGCUGCUCCUCAAGUGUCUGUCAGCACCCAGGCAGGAAGCAAGACACUGGUGCGACAGAACACAGCAGACGCAGCGGUUAACUGCCCCUCACCAGUUGAUCCCAAUAUUUUUUCCAUGUCUCCCUCAGAACCUGCAGAUAAAAAUGUCCUGCACGUCUCGGCCUCUUCACCAUUUUUUCAAACUGACCCCAACUCUGAAUUAGCAGAGAUUGAUGAUCCUACUUUUGCUAAUCUUACCCCUCCAGAUCCUAUUGAUGUGGCAUCACUUUGUUGGCCUGAUCUAGAUUCGGACUCAAUGACUCCUCCAGAUCCCCCAGAACCAGUAUUAGAACCGUAUUGCUUUACGAAGUCAUCAACUCCUGAGCAUGUGGAAUCCAUUGUUUUAGACUUCACAAAUGUAGAACUAGUGAACCUGGCCAAUUUGCAGUGGCCUAAACUGGAUCCGGAUGAUACUGGCUCUCCACCCCAAGAAUCUCUUGAUCGGCCCUCUCAACAAUCUCCGGAACAACCUGGUCCAUAUACAAUGGACCUUGGUAGCACGUCUACACAGGAACAGUCAGUUCUAGAAUCCAUGCAACCAUUGUUGUUGAGUCAAACAGAUGAAGAAACUAUGGACUUCACAUCACUAGAAUUGGACUCUGUUGUCCUGAGUCCAAUGACCCCAGAUUCUAUGAAUCUUCAUGACUUAAAAUGGCCAAGUUUAGAAUCUCUGGAGCUCAAUGUUUCUGGCUCUCAAAGCCCAGGUCCUGUAGAUCUGGCUCUACCAAAUCCUCCAACCCCAGAAACUGUCUAUGAAUAUUCCUGUGAGUCUACAGAACAAGAACCACCCUUUCCAGAACUACUGGACACCAUUUAUCUCCAACCUGCCACUCCAGAGCCUGAAUCCCGAACAGAGUCUGACAUAUCAAACCCAGCAAGUCCUGAACCUCAUUUUUCUUCUUGUCAAAAGCCAGCCGUACAUGAACUAGACACUCAGGCUCUUGUUUUGUGGUCCAAAAAGGAAACAUUCAUGGUUUUUGCUGAAGGUAGUGCCAUUAACGUCCCAGAGUCCUACUCUGAAGAAGAAGAUGGCCAGAAUGUAGAUUCUCCUUACCCGAUGAUAAAUUUCCCAGACACUGUGGAAUCAGCUCACCUGGAGUCUGAGACUCUCUACUCUGCCGUUCUGUGCUCAGUUGAGUCAGAUACGUUUGAUCCUGAAGUCACUAGCAUGGAUGAACCAACAUCACAGGAGCUGAAUCCACCUGGACAUGCUACCAUAGACCCAGCGACUGUGCACCCCUUCAAUUUAUCCCUUUUGGAGCUCCAGUCAGCUUUAGACGUAUCUAAGAGCGAAACAAGCGAUAAUGGAUCACCAAAGGGAACAGCAGCCAUAAGCAGCCCUUCUCAUUCACUAUCCGGUAGGGAUUUCCUGUGGAUUCGAUGGCAGCGGAAAGCACGUGGACGGCAGCCAAUGUCACGGAGUGCCAGUAUGGAAAUUUACCACAAGAAAUACUCAAACAAUUCAGUGAUGUCUUAUAUGUCACUGUCACUCUGAGAUCACCAAAAAGUGCAUGAAGCUACAUGGGGUGUGCAAUAGAAAAUCAUAUAUAAUAUUUAUAGACAGAAUGUAAGACUGUUAGGUUAUGUAGCAAGAUGUUUACAGGUCUGUCUCCCCAAUGUGUGUGUGAUUACAUAAGAGAGAAUGCGAAGUAGAGAGUGUUAAAAGGAAAAAGUAGAAGGGAUAAGACAUUGUUACAAUUAAGGCAUGAAUGAAGUCAUGAGAGGGGUUGUAGCUAAAAGAUGUCUGAUGACAGCAAUGGGACUGCAUUAGUGUACUCCAGAUAUUCAGCACCUAUUUACACUGCAAAACUGGCGAGUCACCUUGAACUUCACUCCUCUCCAGGGACACUCUCUGGCUUUACAGAGACUGAAAUGUAUUUUAGUAAAUACUGUGAUUGUUUUUUGGCAGAGAACGAAGACUUCCAGUCAAGACACUCUCUCCAAUGAACUUUAGAAAUACAGAGUAAACUGUAAAA